CCUCUUAUUGCCUAACGGAAUAAGGUGGCUCGGAAUUUGAGUCAUCCCACCCACUCACUUGUCGCUGAGCAUUCCUCCUGUUGACUUUGUGGUCUUCCAACUCUCAAUUCCCAAUUUGUCUUGACCAUUCUACCGAAACCACAAUCAUGGCCGAACAACCGAAGCCCGCGCCUGCCCCGGUCGCCGAGGCUCCUGCUCAGGCUCCUCCUGCCGAGGCCUCUGCCGCCACAGCUGCUGCUGAGGCCGGCGACGAGGGCGCCAGCACUUCCAAGAAGGCGGCAAAGAAGGCCGAGGCCAAGGCCAAGAAGGAAGCUGAGAAGGCCCGCCGAGCUGCUGAGAGAGCUGCCACCGCCGCUACCUCUGACGCCGCAGCCCAGGCCGAGGACCUGGCUAAAGACAACUAUGGACAGGAGACUGACGUCACCAAAUACUCGCCCGACGCCGGCCACAUCAACCUAAAGACACUUGGAGAGGAGAGUGUGGGCAAGACGGUUACUCUCCGGGCGUGGCUUCAGAAUUCUCGCAUGCAAGGGGCCAAGAUGGUUUUUGCAGAGCUGCGGGAGGAGGGCAACUGGACCAUCCAAGCGAUUGCUGCGGCGAACCCCGAAGGUGCCCCCGUCAGUCGCCAGAUGGUCAAGUGGAUCGGUGCCGUCAACCCCGAGAGUUUUGUUGUCGUCGAGGGUGUGAUCCAGAAGCCAUUAGAGCCCGUCAAGUCUUGCCGCGUCUCCAACCUCGAGUUGCACAUCACCAAGUGCUUCGUCCACGCCGCGGCUCCGACGGUCUUGGGACUAACCUUCGCCACCGCAAACAGACCCGUCACUAAUUUCAGCGACGAGGAGGCCAAGGUCGAGGAAGGGGUAGAGAAGCUCAGCAUCGCCCCGCCAGGCGAGGCCACUGGUGUGCCUGCUGCCAGCAUGAUAGCCCAUUUGGAAAGUAUAGUCAUGCAUAAACGCGCUCCAGUGCAGCAGGCCAUCGCCGAUAUAAGGGCCGAGGUCAAGCAGCUGUUCCGCGAGUACCUCCGGUCGCUCUCUUUCAAAGAUUUUGAGCCGCCCAACUUGAUCUCCGCGGCUUCUGAAGGCGGCGCCAACGUCUUCCGCCUGCCUUACUUCGGACAGGACGCUUUCCUAGCCCAGAGCCCACAAUUCUACAAGCAAAUUGAAAUCGCAGGUGGGAGAAAGCGUGUUUUCUCCAUUGGCCCCGUCUUCCGGGCCGAGAACAGCAACACGCCCCGUCACAUGACCGAGUUCACGGGUCUCGAUCUUGAGAUGGAGAUUGUCAAGGACUAUCACGAAAUCAUGGAUACGAUAGAAGGCCUGCUUCUCUACAUCUUCCGUGGUAUCAAGGAGAGAUGCUCCGAGGAGGUCGAGUUGGUCCGCUCCGUGUACCCUUCGGAAGAGUUCCUCGUCCCUGAGCCCGGCCAAAGCGUUCUUCGCCUCACCUUUGCCGAAGGCCAAAAGCUCCUUCGCGAAGAGGGACCCGAGGAGUUCCGCAAUGUGAGCGACGACGAGGACAUGAGCACGCCCCAGGAGAAGGCACUUGGCGCAUUGAUCCGAGCCAAAUACAAGACGGAUUUCUUCGCCCUCGACAAGUUCCCCGAGGGCGCGAGACCGUUUUAUGCGAAAGAAGACCCGAAGAACCCCAAAGUAACGAAUGCCUACGACAUGUUUAUGCGGAACCAGGAGAUUCUAUCAGGUGGCCAGCGUAUCAACGAUCCCGUUGAGCUUGAGGCACGUAUCCGGAAGAAGGGUGUUGAUCCCCUCAGUCCUGGAAUCAAAGAAUACGUCGACAUUUUCCGUCAAGCAGGUGUCCCAGCGCAUGGAGGUGCUGGCUUGGGAUUGGAUCGCGUGGUUGCUUUUUAUCUCAAUCUGCCGAGUGUCCACCUGGCCGCCUACUACCCGAGAACUCCCAAGAGACUGACGCCGUAAUCGGUUGCCUGUUGCCAGAUUUGUCGUGUCUCUACCUCGUUGUCGCGUUAGAUAGGGUGGGGCUUUAAAUGGGAUUAUGCGAUAUAUAGAUUGAAGUUGGUCCCAAAAAAAAAAGCCAAUACCCGGCGGAAGCAUGAAGCACAAGUCCAAUAUGAAAGGUUCUCGGAUCCGGCUACAACUGGCGCAUCACAUGCCGGCCGCUCCGCUCCACACACCCGAACUUUGAACGGCCCGGAGCCGUCAAGGUUCGGCACAACCAUAGAUUUGCUGCCCGAU